AUGUAUAAUGGAUAUAUACAUGACAGAGAGAAACAAAAAGAAGAAGCUAAAUUAAGCAACUUAAAAAAAGUCAAGAAGAGCUUGACUGCUCAAAUCAAAAUGAGAGCUGAGCUUGUGAAAUCUCACCAAAGAAGAACUGAAAAACGAAUUUUGGAGAUGGCUGAAAAUCCAGUCCCGAUUCCAAGAAUAAUCUCUACAGCAAGAAACUACACCUAUCUUGGAGAUCCUGCAUUCAGAUUUAGACCCAAAAAUGAUGAAGAAAGAAUAAAAGAUACAUUGGUUAAAUAUCAAAAUCUUGAUCCAGUCCCAUAUAACACUUUCAAAUUUCAAUUCAGACAAAGGCUGAAAACCAAAGAAAUCAAUCCAGAUUUGAAAUUUACUCCAAGAGACAGAUACGAAAGAAUUUUUGAUUCUCUUAACCAACAAAAAGCUAUUUUAAGCAACUCUUGGUAUAUUUCAGAUAAAAAUAAUCAAAAUGAAACAAAAAAUGGGGAAAAUGUUUUACCUCAACAUUUACAUAAGACUUAUUAUAAAACUGUUGAAUCUCUGGCUUUAGAUGUCAGCCCAUCUCUAAAAGGCCCUUCGUUAGCUGAAGUGAAAAUUAAUGUUAAAAAAGCUAAAAAAGGACUAACUGGAGAUCCAAACUUGCCGAAGAAUCCUAUAAUUAUUGCUAAAUUGGCAGAUAUUGGAAAGCUAAAAUCCAAGGAUGAUUUAAUUUUAGUUGAUGGACAGCUUUCAGAAUUGGCUAGAGAGGUUAUGGGUAAAUGCAACUUAAAAGCUACAAUAGAUCGCUCAGCAUUUACUUCAAGGUCUUCAUCUGUCCCAAAACAAUUUUAUUAUUAA